GGAGAAAACGAAUAUAAAAAAAAAAAAUCCAGAAUUAAAUUUUAAAAUAUUAGCUUCCAUCAACCAAACCCAAUUAUGCACGCUACAGGCCUUCCCAGAGUCCCACCGAUUCAAUACUCUCUCUCCUCUCUCUCUCUACACUAAUACUUUCUCUCUCUAAUACUCUAUCUGCGCUGCGUUCUCUUCUUCUCGGUGUUCAUCAAAAUGCAUUCGAAUCAGUUGCUUCUCGAAGAACCAAUACGUAUGGCUUCAAUCCUCGAGCCUUCCAAGCCUACUUUCUUUCCUGCAUUGACGAAGAUCGUUGGAACCCUUGGCUCAAAAUCACGAUCAGUGGAGAUCAUUUCUGACUGCCUGAAGGCUGGAAUGUCCGUGGCACGGUUUGACUUUUCUUGGGGUGAUGUCGAAUUUCAUCAAGAGACAUUGGAAAACUUAAAGGUUGCCAUCAAGAGUACGAAGAAGCUCUGUGCGGUUAUGCUAGACACCGUGGGUCCAGAGUUGCAAGUUGUUAACAAAACUGAGCACCCCAUUUCACUUGAGGCUGAGACCUUGGUUGUUCUGACACCUGAUCAAGACCAAGAAGCCUGUUCUAAUCUAUUGCCAACAAAUUUUGGUGGACUAGCAAAGGCAGUGAAGACAGGAGACACUAUUUUUAUUGGGCAAUACUUGUUUACUGGAAAUGAAACAACUUCUGUGUGGCUGGAGGUAACUGAGGUAAACGGGGAGGAUGUGGUUUGUCUGAUAAAGAAUUCUGCUACAUUGUCUGGGUCAUUGUACACUUUACAUGUCUCUCAAAUUCGCAUUGAUCUACCCACCCUCACUGAUAAUGAUAAGGAGAUUAUAAGCACUUGGGGUGUCCGAAACAAUAUUGACAUCCUUUCAUUGUCAUAUACCCGGCAUGCAGAAGAUGUUCGACAUGCUCGUGAAUAUCUUUCUAAAUUAGGUGACCUCAGUCAAACUCAGAUUUUUGCAAAGAUUGAGAAUGUAGAAGGCCUAACCCAUUUUGAUGAGAUCUUACAAGAAGCAGAUGGCGUCAUUCUCUCUCGUGGAAAUCUGGGAUUAGAUCUCCCCCCAGAAAAGGUUUUCUUAUUUCAAAAGGCAGCUGUUUUCAAGUGUAACAUGGCUGGGAAGCCUGCAGUGGUUACUCGUGUAGUGGACAGUAUGACUGACAACUUAAGACCCACCCGUGCUGAGGCAACUGAUGUGGCCAAUGCUGUAUUGGAUGGUAGUGACGCAAUUCUUCUAGGGGCAGAGACCCUAAGGGGAUUAUACCCUGUUGAGACUAUUUCCAUUGUUGGUAAAAUUUGUGCUGAGGCAGAGAAGGUUUACAAUCACGAUCUCUAUUUCAAGAAGACUGUCAAAUUUGUUGGAGAACCAAUGUCCCACUUGGAAGCUAUUGCUUCCUCUGCGGUACGCGCCGCCAUCAAGGUGAAGGCAUCUGUCAUCAUUUGCUUCACUUCAUCAGGAAGAGCAGCGAGGUUGAUCGCGAAGUAUAGGCCCACAAUGCCUGUGCUAUCAGUUGUAAUACCUCGGCUCAAGUCAAAUCAACUACGAUGGACAUUUAGUGGUGCUUUCGAGGCAAGGCAAUCGCUUAUAGUCAGAGGCCUUUUCCCGAUGCUUGCUGAUCCUCGACAUCAGGCUGAGUCUCCAAGUGGGACAAAUGAAUCCAUCUUAAAGGUUGCUUUGGAUCAUGGCAAGAUCUCUGGUGUCAUAAAGCCGCACGAUCGUGUCGUCAUUUGCCAGAAAGUCGGUGAUGCUUCUGUGGUGAAAAUCAUCGAGCUUGAAGAUUAGAACUUGUACUGCACACGCUAUUUUGAGUAUUUUUCUUUCUUUCUUUAGAGUCUAGAAAGCUUUCUUCAGGGUCACACUAAUAAUGGUUUUUACGCUCAGAAGAUAUAAGUUCCUGUCUAAAUUAACAUGUUUUAAGGCUGUACGAGGAAUUUUUCUUUGUGAGUCUUGAAAGCUUUCCUCAGGCUCACUAAUAAUCGUUUUUGAGCUCAGAAAGACAAGUAGAUGUAUUUAUUUAUGUUUGCAAUUUUUAUUUAUUAUAUAUAUAUUUUUCCUUUA